CGGAGCCCGGAGCGCCUGAGCCUGGAGUGGAGAAGAAUGGACACCGUCAGCCAGGUUCCCAUGGAAGCUAUGCUCCCCAAGCACAUCUUGGAUAUUUGGGUCAUUAUCCUUAUCAUCCUGGCCACCAUUGUCAUCAUGACGUCCUUGCUGCUGUGCCCAGCGAUGGCAGUCAUCAUUUACCGCAUGCGAACUCAUCCUGUUCUCAAUGGACCCGUAUGACUGCUUCCCAAGGAGGGGCAGGUGACGAAUGAGGAUGGCAUAGACUCCCUCAGUCUCUUCUCCCUCAAAACUAAGCAGGAAGGCCUUGGGAAUGUGGACUCUGGAGUGUGAUAUGUAAGAGGAGAGCCUUGUUCUGGUUUUGAUUCUCUCACUGGCUGGUAGUGUAGGUUCAGUCAAGCGACAUGAUUCUGUGAGUUCCUACUUCUUUAUCUUCCAAAUGGAGAUCAUGAUCCCUAUCCUACCUACCUCAUAGAGUUUUGAAAUUAGUGACUUAGUAGAGUUGUUUGUGAGCAUUUAAAGCCACCACUGAUAGGCAGUGUUAUGCCGAAUGCUAAGAAGCUUUGAAAAACCAAAUAACCUAUUUGCUGGUGAUGGUCUUCAAGGUGGAGCGAGUGGAAGAGUGGUUAUACCAGAGCCCCAUUUUUCAAAACAAGUGAAGAGCAUUCUAUCCUCAUUCCAAGGACCCCAAACUACAGUGGCUCAAAGACUUUUCUUUUUUCAAGUUUUCUUAAUGAGGAGAAGAUUGAGCUCGGUGUGGAGAUGGAGCAAGUUGAGGAGUAGAUAAGGUGGAAAUUUUCAGGAGUUUCUUCAGCCAGAAUCUUUGCCCCUAUUUAAUGUAGGGUAGGCUUCUUUAUUUUUGGCACUCUCAAGGGAGCUGGCAUGGGCAGUGGGUUUCUUUCUGCACUGGACUUCCAAAGCAGAUGCUCGAACUCUGAGUAGUCUCGCUUAGAUAUUCAAGCAAUGUUGGAAAAUACCAGGUGGCUGAAUUCCCUGCCCUAAUUCUAGGAUCUCUAACCUCCAUCCCCUGGUGUGCCACAUACUAGGGAGUUCUGUCCUUCUGCCUGGAUCCUGCAGUAAGUUCUCCAUAUUGUCCUUCUUGACUUCCCCCAGAAUGCAACCAAUCCAAAGGACAGACAUAUUUUAAAGACACAUUCCCAGGAUUUUUGGAACCAACCCGAAAAUGGUGACGAUUACUUCAAAUGAUGUAGGAAGAUUUCUGAACCACUCAAGAUCUUUGAUCCAAUUUAGAAAUAUCCUGGGAUUUAUUAAAUUAUGUAAGAAAGCAGU